UCCGUUACUCAUGAUUUUGAGGGAAACUCAAAAUGGCGGACACAGGUGGUAAAAUUCAUUGAUUGGGACUCUUUCCUUGAUAAUUCCACAAGGCGAUAUAACCACAGCCCUGAACUUAGCACAAUGAUUUAUCAGUUGUUAUACUCUGUUGUUGCUCUAUGUUUCGGCGUCUCCGUGUUUGUCCGCUAUGUGAAUGAUGGCAUGAAUUUCGGGUUCCGCUCGGCGCUGAGUUUGCUGGUGCUGUUCCUUGGCGAGCCGUUCUGUCACCAUGUAGUUGGGGAGGUGGAAGGGCUGCUGCUGUAUGGACUGGCCUGUGUAGUCAUGUACCUACUCCUGCCUGCAGGGGAGGUGGUACUUAAGGACAGGGUCGUGCUUAUAACAGGAUGUGAUAGUGGAUUUGGCCGUGCCCUAGCCCAGCAUCUGGACAGCCUGGGCUGUGUGGUGUUUGCUGGCUGUCUCCAAGGCGAGGGAGCUACCAGCCUCAAAAGCAGCUGCUCUGAUCAGCUGAAAAUUCUACAGCUAGACGUCACAGAUGCCCAGCAGGUGGAGCAGGCCAGACAGGUGGUACAGGAGUACCUGGGGCCUGACAGAGGUUUGUGGGGUUUGGUAAACAAUGCUGGCCUGGUGUACUUUGGUGAGCUGGACCUCCUCCCCUUCUCCAUGGUUCAACACAGCAUAGAUGUGAACCUGGUCGGGAUGUUACGAAUGACCAAGACUUUCCUCCCUGUACUGAGGAAAGGAAAGGGCAGGGUCAUCAACGUGUCCAGUAUUGCAGGAAGUGUUCCACUGAUGUUUAUGUGUGCGGAGGGAGCAGCCAAGGCAGGGGUGGAGGCAGCAUCACACAUCCUGCGACAGGAGCUCAAGAAAUGGGGAGUUCAUGUGUCCAUCGUGCAGCCGUUUGCCUUCAAGACAGAAUGGCAAAGUUCAGAGUCCAUGCUCAAGAACUAUAACCAGCUCAGACAGGCAUUGGACAAGGACACACUGGACACCUAUGGUCUGGACUACCUGGAUGCUUUCAAACACAACUUAUUGAAUGAGGAGUCUCUGAAUGAAGAUCUUGGUCCAGUUAUAGGAGUGAUGACAGAUGCGCUGACGUCCAGAGGACCCAGGGCCUGGUACCCAUGUGGGCGGGGCACCAGGUCACUAGUCUGGCUAUCCAACCUAGUACCAACCAGCAUCCUGGACAUGAUAUUACCACUUCUAAUGCUCCAAAUAGAUGUCACUCCAACCCUGCUCAGAGAAAGAUAACAGUGGUGCUAGCAGUGUUGUCUAGUGAUAUAUGUAUAGAUGUAAACAAGAGGUCUUGUCACUGCCACAGUACAAUCAUAGGUCAACACAAUGCAGAUGUUUAAUUGUUACAUAAGUAAAUGUACAUGUGAAAUAAAUAAAUGUGCCAUGUACAUUUCAAAUGAAUGAUGUGUCUAGUAUGAUAGGAGAAUUCCAAAGACAAAGAACACUAAUCGUGAACUUAUGGUGAAGUUACAAUAUGUGAUCAUCACCAUUUUGGGCAUCUUGCCCAAGCAAGGUUCAUUCUUUGUCCUGUCUUCCAUCAAGUGCAUGACUUGUACUCCAGCAUCCCUGGCAAUAUCAUAAAUGCUAUGUCUGACAGGGUCCGCCAAUUUGGGCAUGAAUAGUCUUGGUAUCCAAUAUACCAUAGAUGAAACAGUGUUAUUAAUUUAUUAAUCCAGACUUAUUCAUAACAAAAUUUAUUUUGCUAUAACGCUAAAUGUGCAAAGUUGCAUUUGUAAUUUGUAUGUGUAGUCAAUGUGUUAUAUGAUAUAUCCAUUUCCAACUUGUUAAUGAAAUGUUUAAUGUAUUUAUUUGUUAAUUACUUCUUCUUAGUGUUUAGGUGGCCACCAUCAUCUUGCUGAUGUUUCAAACAAAUGAAUAAGAGUUCCAAUAUCUCAUACUUUUGCCUAUGAUUUUGUUGUUGUUACGCAGAUUAGGGCAAAUUUGUAUAAUUGAUACACAUCUUUAUAGUUAUUUAUAUUUUCAUUCCAAAAUUUGUAUAUUGAAGAAAUGACUAAAGUCAAAUAAAUAGCAGAAGAACAUAA